AGCUUUUCAGACAUCGUUUCCAAACCGCCCGACGCCAGACUUCUGCUCCCCCCUCCUCCCUAUACCCCCAAUUACUCUCAAGCCCUACGGCUUUUUGUUUCCUCUCCUCCCCUUUCUGUCUCCCGCACAUGCGAUAAUGCUGUCGCGGUCUACUUUCGCCCGAAAUGCGCCCCGUGCGCUCCAGAAGCAGUGCUCUGCUGCCAGCGCCAGCAGCCGUCGGGGCAUGGCCUCUGCUGUGACUCCGGGCCUCCAGUACGAUGUCUCUGAGUCUUCUGGUCUGAAGAUCGCCAACAGAGAAGUCUCGGGCCCUACAAGCACCCUGGCGCUGGUUGCAAAGGCCGGCUCCCGUUACCAGCCCUUUCCUGGCUUCUCCGACGUCCUCGAACACUUCGCCUUCAAGUCUACACUCAAACGGUCGGCGUUGCGGAUCACUCGGGAGGUUGAAUUGCUGGGCGGUGAAGUUUCCUCGACACAUUCGCGUGAGAACGUAGUCCUCAAGGCCAAGUUCCUCUCGAACGACCUCCCGUAUUUCACGGAGCUUUUGGCGGAGGUUGCCUCUCAGACCAAGUUCCCAGCCCACGAAUUGAACGAGGUCGUCUUCAAACUCUUCAAGAUCAGACAAGCAGCUCUUGCUGCCAACCCAGAGAACGUGGCUCUUGAUGCCGCUCACAGCCUGGCUUUCCACCGUGGUCUGGGUGACAGCGUUACUCCUUCCAGCUAUGUCCCAGUCGAGAAAUACCUCUCCGCCGAGGCCCUCUCCGAGUACGCCCAGGAGGCCUACGCCAAGUCCAACAUCGCCCUCGUCGGCAGCGGCCCCAACUCUGCGGACCUCUCCAAGUGGGCUGGUGAGUUCUUCAAGGAGGUCCCCAGCACCGGCUCCUCCAGCCACUACAAGGUUCUGCCCAAGUCUGCCUCGAAAUACUUUGGCGGUGAGCAGCGUAUCUCCUCCAAGGCCGGCAGCUCCGUCGUGAUUGCCUUCCCUGGCUCCAGCUCUUUCGGCACCUCUGGCUACAAGCCUGAGGCUUCCGUUCUCGCUGCUCUCCUUGGUGGUGAGUCCACUAUCAAGUGGACUCCCGGUUUCUCUCUUCUGUCCAAGGGCGCCCAGAGUUUCCCCCAGGCCCGUGCCUCGGCCCAGAACCAGACCUACUCUGAUGCCGGUCUCUUCACUAUUGCCGUUUCCGGAAAAGCCGAGCAUGUUGCUGGUCUUAGCCAGCUCGCCGUCGACAACCUCAAGAAGACGGCCGCUGGCGAGAUUGCUGGCGAAGAAAUCAAGAAGGCCGUCGCCCUGGCCAAGUUCCGUGCCCUCGAGUCUGCCCAGAGCCUCGAGACUGGCCUGGAGGCCACUGGCUCCGCCCUUGUCAACGGCGGCAAGCCUUACCAGAUCGGUGAAAUCGCUCAGGCUAUUGACAACGUUACCGAGCAGCAGGUCAAGGAUGUCGCCAAGUCCUUCCUCUCCAGCAAGGCCUCAGUUGCCUCCGUUGGAGACCUCGUCCAGCUCCCGUACGGCGAGGAACUCGGCUUGACCGUUUAAAUCCAUGUAUACAAUACAUACUAGACUGCCCUUGGAAAAAGCGUCACCACCCCCUCGAUUUUUUAUGUGUCUAGAUCAAUCUUUGCCGAU